UCUUACUGUGGGAGGAAACCAGAGUGCCCGGAGGAUCCCAGGUGGUCGGGCUGGUGAUCCUUACCUGUCUACGUCCGAUUCAGGAGUCGAACCUGGGCGAGAUAGGUGAGGGCGCGUGUGUUACCAAUGUGCCUACUGACCAACCAAAAGGUUCCAAUGUGGCCGGUGAGCCGGAGCUAACUGAACUUGAAGUUCCACAUGAAGGAACGUGAUCUUAGGGAACGUUUUUUUCAAAGCUUCAAGUUUUAUUUAAUACGAUAGAUAGUAAAGGUUUUCAUAUUAGAAAUUCACCGAAAACGAAUAUAGAAAAGUGAUUUUUGUUGAUUGUGGUAUGUAAAUAGAUGUAUCAACUCCAUCAGAUGUCUUAGUGAGGAAUGAAACUGCUGAUGUCUUCUGUGAAAACCUCUUAUUUUCUUGUUGGAUUAUUAUAUUUCAACACUUUGGAACAUAUGGAAGAUACAAUCCUACAGUAAGAGGCGAUGAAACUUGCAGAAAUUAUAACAGUGCUGUCUGUUGUGCUUUUCGUCACAUUUAUCGUUGGUGACGGGGCACCACAAUGGCGACCACAGGGACGAUUUGGUAAGAGAGGGGACCUGAGACAGUAUCCAGUUUCAUGGCAACCAGACUCUGACAGCGAUAUAGACGUUUAUCCUGUGAUAGAGAGCCGAUCAGAUACAGAAUCAGACAGUGAGAAGACUUUAAAACUACUGGAAAAAUUAUGUGUAGAAAGCAGCUUACCUGGACUGUUUAGGUGUUACAGAAAGAAAAGAUCUACAGAAACGAGGGAACACGAACGUUCAUAAUGGGUAACUGUACACCCCCUUACAUACAAAACGAGACAUCAACAACUCUAUGUGAAAACUUACCAACUGAAAACCCGAAAUUAUGAUAAUAAACUGGAUGUUACUGAUAGCACAGGAAUUAUGUCAAAGUUUCCUACCAUAUAUCCUUUGAUAUAUUUGUACGUAAGGCACAAAACGAAACAAUUAUGAUAGCUUAGGAAGGAUGUAUGUUUUUCUACCAACAGAGCACUUGCGUUGGUGCCUUCGUCAUGAAGCUCAUUAAUGAGUAUUGGUAUUCUAGUUUAUGAACAUUAUUCAUUACAUGGUAUGGUACAUUUCUGAUUAAUUAAUUCACACUUUGGCACUGCGUCGAUCGAAACAUAACGCUUUGAACUUUCCUAACAUGGCAUUGUGUUAUUUCGUGUAAUCAUGGAAAUGCCAACAGUUUCUGAUUUAAAAGCUGUGUCAGUUUUGUAGAAAUUAAAUAACGUAUCUGUUGUACAUUUUGUCUUUAUGACUAUGGUGUUAUGUUGAUAUUGAAUCCACCAACGAAAUAUCUACAGACUUAGCGAUCUACUUCUCAAAAUAAGGCUCUCAAAGAAAAUCAAGAGGAUACAACUACAAAUAUCGGAGAUAUAUCGACCAAACAUCAAUAUCAACAGGUUCAUGUAUCACAACAGAAAUGCAUUCCUCAACUGUUCAGAUCAGAAUAACCAUACAUCUCACUCGUCAAGGUGUAAAUAAAGUCUUGUUUGAAAUUAG